AUGGCAUACAACCAAGUUCAGUGUGAAAUGUGCUGUAAGGAACAGGCAGUGGGAUGCUGCAAUAUAUGUGGAAACUUUUGUGAAUCGUGUUUAGUAAUUCAUAAAAAAGGAAGGGCAUUCCAAACCCACAUUCUGAAGACGUAUGGAAAGGAUGGUUACAAUCCAAAGCGUAUCUUGUAUGACAUCACAGAGGAGAUGUGUAAACACCAUCCGACUGAAAGGGCGUUACUGUUUUGUAAAAUUCAUGAAUUAAUGAUCUGUGGUCUAUGUUUUCGUUCGGAUCAUAUUUCAUGUGGCCAUGAGGUUAUUGACUUGUGUCAAGAGGCAGGGUUUAUUGAUUACGACCCCUCAAAUGGUAUGUCCGCAGCUUUAAACGAGAUACAGGAUGAAAAUAAGCGCAUGAAGGAAGAAGCGGGUCGACAAAAGAAAAGAAGUAAUGUCAAUGCAAUGAAAUGCAAUAAAGAAUUAGAUGAUUUGGAGGACAGACUUAAACGGAAAGUGGAAGAUACGAUAAUUAGAUUCAGGCAGGAAACGAGGACGGAGCUGAAUAACGAGCUAAAACAAGUGAAACAGGACCUCGAUAAUUCAGAAAAGACGAGGAAGACACUAUGUGAGGAGCUGAAACAAGUAAACAAGAACCUAGCUCAUUCUCAAAAGACAAGGAAGGUGUUAAAGCUAGAUCUACUGACAGCGAAACAGGGCAAAAAGAAAUAUGAAAAGAGAUACCAUCCAUUCCCGGGGAAACCAUAUAAAGGUGGCACUUUCGUAGGACGUUUGUCAAACGACGUUGAGGGUCUGGCGAUAUGUAGGAUGUUGAAGACGACGUUCAGGAGAGGGCAGAUGUUUACUAUUGGCAAAGACGAGAGAGUUAUCAUGGAUGGCGUCUCACUGUAUGGCGGUAAUUGGUUUGCGAUCACACUCUUUCCAAGCUACAUUAGUUACACACAGACAGUGAAAGCGGAACUGGCAACCAAAGGCAUCACAGAGUGGACCAUAGACAAGACAGAGAAGCUGGAAGGGACUUUCACUGUCGCUGUGCCGUAA